AUGGCUCCAUACCGCAACGCAGUCUUUCAGUCUUUACACUAUUUUCGAUCCGCAGCUGAAGUUGGGGCUGGUGGGCUCAGGCUAACCAGGAAAGCAAUAUUCAACGCACAACAGCUAACUCCUCAAGGCCAAUGGAAGCGGAGGAUUUCGGGAAGGUGUGUCAACGGCGGUCGCUGCAACCCUGGUACCGGCCUGUGCGUCUGCCCCACCGGCUGGGUGGGCGAGCAAUGCCAGCACUGCGGGGGCCGCUUCAGACUAACUGGAUCUUCUGGUUUUGUAACAGAUGGACCUGGAAAUUAUAAAUAUAAAACGAAGUGCACAUGGCUCAUUGAAGGACAGCCAAACAGAAUAAUGAGACUUCGUUUCAAUCAUUUUGCUACAGAGUGUAGCUGGGACCAUUUGUAUGUUUAUGAUGGAGACUCAAUUUAUGCACCACUAAUUGCUGCCUUUAGUGGCCUGAUUGUUCCUGAGAGAGACAGCAACGAGACUGUCCCUGAGGUUGUUGUCACAUCAGGUUAUGCCCUGUUACAUUUUUUUAGUGAUGCUGCUUAUAAUUUGACUGGAUUUAAUAUCACUUACAAUUUUGACAUGUGUCCGAAUAAUUGCUCAGGCCGAGGAGUGUGUAAGAUCAGUAACAGCAGCAACACUGUUGAAUGUGAGUGUUUGGCAAACUGGAAAGGUGAAUCGUGUGACAUUCCUUACUGUACAGACAACUGCGGCUUUCCUCACCGAGGCAUCUGCGAUUCAAGUGAUGUCAGAGGAUGUUCCUGCUUCCCUGAGUGGCAGGGUCCUGGAUGUUCAGUUCCUGUGCCAGCUAACCAGUCAUUUUGGAUGCGAAGGGAAUAUUCUAAUUUAAAGCUCCCCAGAGCAUCUCAUAAAGCUGUGGUCAAUGGAAAUAUAAUGUGGAUUGUUGGAGGAUAUAUGUUCAACCACUCAGAUUACAACAUGGUUCUAGCGUAUGACCUUCUUUCUAAAGAGUGGCUUCCCCUGAACCGUUCUGUGAACAAUGUGGUUGUGAGAUAUGGUCAUUCUUUAGCAUUAUAUAAGGAUAAAAUUUACAUGUAUGGAGGAAAAAUUGAUUCAACAGGGAAUGUGACCAAUGAGUUGAGAGUGCUUCAUAUUCAUAAUGAGUCGUGGGUGUUGUUGACUCCAAAGGCAAAGGAGCAGUAUGCAGUGGUUGGGCACUCAGCACACAUCAUAACACUGAAAACUGGCCGAGUGGUCAUGCUGGUCAUUUUUGGUCACUGCCCUCUCUAUGGCUAUAUAAGCAGUGUGCAGGAGUAUGACUUGGAUAAGAACACUUGGACUAUAUUACACACCCAGGGUGCUCUUGUACAAGGGGGCUAUGGCCACAGCAGUGUUUAUGAUCAAAAGACCAAUGCCCUGUAUGUUCAUGGUGGCUACAAGGCUUUUAGUGCAAAUAAAUACAGGCUCACUGAUGACCUCUAUAGAUAUGACGUGGAUACCCAGAUGUGGAUCAUUCUUAAGGACAGCCGAUUUUUCCGUUACUUGCACACAGCUGUGAUAGUGAGUGGAACCAUGCUGGUGUUUGGAGGAAAUACACACAAUGACACAUCCAUGAGCCAUGGUGCCAAGUGUUUCUCUUCAGAUUUUAUGGCUUAUGACAUUGCUUGUGACCUUUGGUCAGUGCUUCCCAGACCUGAUCUCCACCAUGAUGUCAACAGAUUUGGCCACUCAGCAGUCUUACACAACAGCACCAUGUAUGUGUUUGGUGGUUUCAACAGUCUACUCCUUAGUGACAUCUUGAUGUUUACCUCGGAACAGUGUGAAACACACCAGAGUGAAGCUGCUUGUGUAGCAGCAGGACCUGGUAUCCGGUGUAUGUGGGAUGCGGAAACAUCUCAGUGUGUCUCCUGGGAAUUGGCAACAGAAGAGCAAGCCAAAAAGUUAAAAUCAGAAUGUUUUUCCAAAAGAACUCUGGACCAUGACAAAUGUGACCAAAAUACAGAUUGCUACAGCUGCACAGCCAACACCAACGACUGCCACUGGUGCAAUGACCAUUGUGUCCCUAGGAACCACAGCUGCACAGAAGGCCAGAUCUCCAUUUUCAAGUAUGAGAAUUGCCCCAAGGAUAACCCCAUGUACUACUGUAAUAAGAAGACCAGUUGCCGAAGUUGUGCCCUUGACCAGAACUGCCAGUGGGAGCCCCGGAAUCAGGAGUGCAUUGCGCUGCCUGAAAACAUUUGUGGCAUGGGCUGGCAUUUGGUUGGAAAUUCAUGUUUGAAAAUUACUACUGCCAAGGAGAAUUAUGACAAUGCUAAAUUGUCCUGUAGAAAUCACAAUGCCUUUUUGGCUUCUCUAACAACUCAGAAGAAGGUGGAAUUUGUCCUUAAGCAGCUGCGAAUGAUGCAGGCAUCACAGACCAUGUCCAAGCUCACCUUAACCCCAUGGGUUGGACUUCGGAAGAUCAAUGUGUCCUACUGGUGCUGGGAAGAUAUGUCUCCAUUUACAAAUAGCCUACUGCAGUGGAUGCCAUCUGAGCCUAGCGAUGCUGGCUUCUGUGGAAUCUUGUCAGAACCCAGUACUCGAGGGUUGAAGGCUGCAACCUGCAUCAACCCACUGAAUGGCAGCGUCUGUGAAAGGCCUGCAAACCACAGUGCCAAGCAAUGCCGGACACCAUGUGCCUUGCGGACGGCAUGUGGGGAGUGCACCAGCAGUAGCUCCGAGUGCAUGUGGUGCAGCAACAUGAAGCAGUGUGUGGACUCUAAUGCCUAUGUGGCCUCCUUCCCUUUUGGCCAGUGCAUGGAGUGGUAUACGAUGAGCAGCUGUCCCCCUGAAAAUUGUUCUGGCUACUGUACAUGCAGUCAUUGCUUGGAGCAACCAGGCUGUGGCUGGUGUACUGAUCCCAGCAAUACUGGGAAAGGGAAGUGCAUAGAGGGCUCCUAUAAAGGACCAGUGAAGAUGCCUUCUCAGGUCUCUACAGGAAUCGCCUAUCCACAGCCCCUUCUGAAUUCCAGCAUGUGUCUAGAGGAUGGCAGAUACAACUGGUCUUUCAUUCACUGUCCAGCUUGCCAGUGCAAUGGCCACAGCAAAUGUAUCAACCAGAGUAUCUGUGAGAAGUGUGAGAACCUGACCACUGGCAAGCACUGUGAGACCUGCAUAUCUGGUUACUAUGGAGAUCCCACCAACGGAGGCAAAUGCCAACCAUGCAAGUGCAAUGGGCACGCGUCGCUUUGCAAUACCAACACGGGCAAAUGCUUCUGUACUACCAAGGGUGUCAAGGGGGACGAGUGCCAGCUUUGUGAGGUAGAAAAUCGAUACCAAGGAAACCCUCUCAAAGGAACAUGUUAUUAUACUCUUCUAAUUGACUAUCAGUUCACUUUUAGCCUGUCACAGGAAGAUGACCGCUAUUACACAGCCAUCAAUUUUGUGGCUACUCCUGAUGAACAAAACAGGGAUUUGGACAUGUUCAUCAAUGCCUCUAAAAACUUCAACCUCAAUAUCACCUGGGCUGCCAGCUUCUCAGCUGGAACUCAAGCUGGAGAAGAGAUGCCUGUUGUUUCAAAAACCAACAUUAAGGAGUACAAAGAUAGCUUCUCUAAUGAGAAGUUUGAUUUUCGCAACCACCCAAAUAUCACUUUCUUUGUUUACGUCAGUAAUUUUACCUGGCCUGUCAAAAUUCAGAUUGCCUUCUCCCAACACAGCAAUUUUAUGGACCUGGUGCAGUUCUUCGUGACUUUCUUCAGUUGUUUCCUCUCUUUGCUCCUGGUGGCUGCUGUGGUUUGGAAGAUCAAACAAAGUUGUUGGGCCUCUAGGCGUAGAGAGCAACUUCUUCGAGAGAUGCAGCAAAUGGCCAGUCGACCCUUUGCUUCCGUAAACGUUGCCUUGGAAACAGAUGAAGAGCCUCCUGACCUUAUUGGGGGAAGUAUAAAGACUGUUCCCAAACCCAUUGCCCUGGAGCCGUGUUUUGGCAACAAAGCUGCUGUCCUUUCUGUGUUCGUGAGGCUCCCUCGAGGCCUGGGUGGAAUCCCUCCUCCUGGGCAGUCGGGUCUUGCUGUGGCCAGCGCCCUGGUGGACAUUUCUCAGCAGAUGCCAAUAGUGUACAAAGAAAAGUCAGGAGCAGUGAGAAACCGGAAGCAGCAGCCCCCUGCACAGCCUGGAACCUGCAUUUGAUGCUGGGGCCAGGGGACUCUCCCAUGCACGUGGGGGCACGUGGCCCACCAGAGCCAUCUGCAAGGGAUGGCACAGGCAGGGACGCAGCGGGGCCGUGUGGGGCAAAAACUGGAAACCCUCAGAGCACCCAACUCAUCUGCAUGAUCACAAACUUUAUUUGACAGUUUGUCCCAUCCGUGUCCAGCAUCGAACCUUUUACUUUUGCAUAGGAAAUAAUUUACCUUCAGGUCCAGGGAUGGUCCACUUGUUGCUGGAGGCCAGUGUAAAGCUAGCAAGAGAGUGAGGAGUGAUGCCUGGAUUCGCGUGUGGAAACUGUUUUUGGGACUGUCUCAGCUGCAAAAAUGGAAAGACGACGGGUCACAAGUAGACCUGCAUAUUCUGUUGUUCUUCAAUGUGGUCUUUUACAAACUACUCAGAUGAAUUAACUUGCUUUCAUCUGAAGCCUGCUAUCUUUUUUAAAGAUGUGCCGUUUAGGUUUGCCCAAUUUCAGCAGAUUAUCUUCCAGGAAGUAGCUUUUUUCUAGUUGAGAAUUAAUAAUGGUCCGUCUUUUGAAUCGUGUCAGACUAAGAAGGGGGCUGUAUUAAACAUCAAAGUCAGCAGUGUUACUUAGAAUGUAAGUGGAUGUGAUAGGUGUCUUCUAUAGCAACUUAAUUUAGUCUUAAUCCAUUUGAAACUCUCUCUUCUGCUCUUUCUCUUUGUCUCAUUCAAACACACACGCACAUGCGCACGUGCACACACAUAUACACACUAAGUGCCUAGACUUUAAAUAGAUCUAGCAAUUGGAAAGUUAGUGAGCCUAAGUUUUUACAUAAUUGCAUUCCUACAUUCUUGUAAAAUUUAAAUAGCUACCAUUGGCAGUCUGCUCUUUUUCUAAAAUCUAAUUUGCAGCCAGGAAAGAAUUUUCUCCCCCCAAGGAACAUUUGACCUAGCGGCAGGGACUGAGGAAAGCAGAAAUGAACUGUGAACGUACCUGUUUUUAUUGUUCUCCAAAAGUACACCAUCGAGAAAUUGUGGUCCCCAUGUGCCACCUGCCCCUACCUGGUAUCAGUCUAGUCCUGAUGCUUGCUUGGCCCUCUGGGCUCCUUCUGCCCGGGCAGCACAGAGGAAAGGACUCAUGCAUGUCAUGUACCUCCUUUGAGCAGAGUCAAGCAUUGAGCGUGCUCGGGACAUCUGGGUAAAAGAGCGGCUCUGUGUUCUGUAGCCUGCUGUGAACCUGGGACCAUCCUCAGCUGGGGAUGGGGUAGACACCAGGAGGGGAACAGCCCCUGCCCAGAGCCUGGAGAAGUCUCGGACUUGUCUGCCCCUUUUCCUGGGCAGGGCUUAGACCACCUGUCCUCCCAAAUGGCACUGACGACUGAAGAGGGCAGGGAACACAGAUAAGGGUGAAAAGCACAUGGGAAAAUGGACAGGAGGGACAUGCUGCCAUACAGAAGAUUACCAAACUUAAGAGGGGUAGGACAGUGCCCUGCUCUUCUCCCACAGGGCACUGCCUGAAUGUUGCAUUUCCCCAUUUAUGGUGCUCUGUCUCCGGCAUUAUGCAGCAGCCUCCCAUGAUCUCUUGCGCUUCGAAACCUGCAAUUCUCUAGCAUUACCUGAUUGGGAUGGACCUCUGGACAGCAGUGCUCAAGUCUGAAUUUGGAGAAAUUAACACUCAAAAGAACAAAACCGUGGCAUUUCACCUUUAAAUGCAGUGCCUAGAGAGGAGGUAUUAUCUCCAACCCAACACCAACCCCACUCCUGUGAAGAAGCUUCUGAAAAGAUGUUUCCAAGGAAGUUGAACCAUAAAACACUGAUGCACAAAACACCUCUACUG